AUGAGUGAACCAAAUCUUGAUUCUAAUGACAUUGUACAAGAAAUUCCCACUUUUUUGUCGCAACAACUUGGUAAUAAUUUAUAUAUAGUUCAGCAUCCUGUGAGACCGCAUAAUAAUCUUACACUGGAAUCAAUGCUCCUUGUGAAACAUGAUUUAACGGGGUUCUAUAAAAUUAGAAUUAGGCAUUCCACUUUAAACAAAUUCAAAAUGAAAUGGUGCCGAGAUCAAAUUGAAGGAUCAUUAGAUCGACAAACUUUACAAUCCACAAUUGUUCCUCAACAAGCCAAUUAA